AUGGUGCUCACGGAGUAUACCUACGUCUUCGCCAUCGGCACCUUGUUUGCCAUGUUGGAUGCCUACAACAAUGGUGCCAACGAUGUCGCCAACUCCUGGGCCACUAGUGUCUCCUCCAGAUCCAUCUCCUACCCUAUGGCCAUGGUCUGCGGCACCGUCUUCGAGUUGUUGGGUGCCAUCACCGUCGGCGCCCGCACCGCCGACACCAUCAAGAAUGGCAUCAUUCCCAACUCGGCUUUCCGCGGGGAUGCUGGCGUACAGAUGCUGGCCUUCGCCUGUGCGCUGGCCGCCGCCUCGUCCUGGGUGAUGUGGUGUACCCGUCACUCCACGCACGUCUCCUCCACCUACUCUCUCAUCUCCGCCGUCGCGGGCGUCGGUGUUGCUACGGUCGGCGCGUCCGAGGUACAGUGGGGCUGGAACAAAGGAAAGGGACUCGGUGCUAUCUUCGCGGGCCUCGGAAUGGCCCCGGUCAUCUCUGGGGGCUUCGCUGCCGCCAUCUUCAUGCUCAUCAAGCUCAUUGUCCACAUCCGCAAGAAUCCCGUUCCGUGGGCCGUCUACACCUCACCAUUCUUCUUCCUCAUCGCUGGAACCAUCUGUACCCUCUCCAUCGUCUACAAGGGCUCUCCCAACCUCCAUUUGACCUCCAAGCCCGGCUGGUAUGUCGCCGCCGUCACUAUGGGCACCGGAGGCGGCGUGGCCCUCCUGUCGGCCAUCUUCUUCGUUCCGUUCGUUCACGCGCGCGUCAUCAAGAAGGAUAACAGUGUCAAGUGGUGGAUGGUCAUCCAGGGUCCAUUGCUCUGGAAUCGCCCCGCUCCCAUCGAGGCUGAUCGCGCGCUCGUCCCCGACUACGCCGUGGUUCAGGAGCAUGAUCUCGACAAGGAGUCCAUCAGCCCCCCGGCGUCGACGAUGGAGUCGUCGGAGCAGACGGAAAAAAGACUCGUCCAGGUGGAGGCCGCUCCCCUCACGUACCGAGAGCUCCUUGCCCAAGGAGAGGAACGGUUCCAUGCGCGACUGCGGAAGGGCCGCGGCCCGCUUGGCUGGGCCAUGCGGGUGCUCCAUGACAACCCCAUGGGUGCAGGAGAGGUUUAUGAACUACACAACCUGAAGAUUCUAGCCAAGCGCAUUCCCGCCAUGAUUGUCUGUGGCGCUCUGUACGGCAUGCACUACGACAUCCACGCCGCCCAGGCGGGUAUUUCUGGCACUCCCGAAGCUGCUCGCAUGGAGCGCGUGUACGCCCAGGCUGAGAAAUACCCCAACGAAGUCGAGCAUACCUAUUCCUUUGUUCAGAUUCUGACGGCCUGCACCGCGUCUUUUGCUCACGGUGCGAAUGAUAUUGGAAACUCGGUGGGGCCGUGGGCUGUCCUCUACUCCGCUUGGCGCACCGGCGAUGCCACGGCCUCGAAAGCCCCGGUUCCCGUCUGGCAGUUGGCCGUGCUAGCCAUAAUGAUCUCGCUGGGUUUGAUUACCUAUGGAUACAACAUCAUGAAGGUUAUGGGCAACAAGAUCACGUACCAUUCGCCCAGUCGAGGCUCCUCUAUGGAAAUGGGUGCCGCCAUCACCGUCCUUGUCUUUUCCCAAUACUCUCUCCCCGUGUCCACUUCCAUGUGCAUCACUGGUGCUACCGUCGGCGUCGGUCUCUGUAAUGGCUCCCUGCGAGCAGUGAACUGGCAGCGAGUUGGACUGCUCAUGUUCGGGUGGAUUAUGACUAUCCCCAUCGCUGGAACGCUGGGCGGUAUCCUCAUGGGGCUGUUCCUCAAUGCUCCUCACUUUGGUUCUUGA